AUGCCACCGCCUCCAAUCCCACCCAGACUCGGCGCCCCGCCACCACCCAUCCCUCCGCGACCCAGCUCCCCAAGCGCAGAAAGUAGCGACGACCGUCAGAGGCCAUACCAUCCCGUAUACCUCCCCUUCACCCUCACGUCCUGGCUCAUCCCCAACUUCGAGCUGAGGGUCGAGGACGUCUCUCAUCCUGGAGCGCAGCUCUUCUUUGAGCAUGUGCGGCCGGCCGAGGCCUUGAAGGACGCCGUCAUCUCCACGUGCAGCUGGCUCUACACACUGCGAGAUGUACCGACGAAUGUUCAAAACGUCCUCCUCGUCCUGCGUCCCAUGCCCGGAGUCGCCUACACGACAGGCUCUCGCACGCACAAGGAGAUCCACUUUUCCGUGAACCACAUUCAGAAGUCGGCAGCCCGGGCCCGGGAGGAGAUCCUCGGUGUUCUCACGCACGAAAUGGUCCAUUGCUUCCAGUACAACGCCAGAGGCACUUGCCCGGGGGGCUUGAUCGAGGGAAUUGCAGAUUGGGUGCGACUGAAUUCAGGGCUGGCACCACCUCAUUGGAAGCGAGGCAAGGGAGACAAAUGGGACGCAGGCUACGAUGCAACAGCCUUCUUCCUGGCUUGGAUUGAGGAACAGCGCGGGAAGGGAACGAUCUACCAGCUCAACGCAGCGAUGAACGACAGGACAUACCAUGAGAACAUCUUCCAGGAUCUCACGGGUCUCGACGUGUACGAGCUGUGGAGACUAUACAAGCUUGAUUGCCCGUCUGAUACUUCCUGA